GUUGAAUGCGAACUCUAUUCAUACACAUGGAGAACGUAUAUUUGCUCUAAUCGACUUGUCACAUUUGUCACAAUUUGUAUGUGUAAUGCCCCCAAAUAAUAAAAAGGGUCCUACGGGAUCGAAAUAUCAAAAACCUGGUGGUGGCAGCGUCAAUAUUUCAGAAAAAAGUUCCAGAAAAACUUUACAACAUUCCGACGAAAAUGUAAAACAAGAGUCACAAAUUCUCAAUUUGGUCUCGUAUCUGUUCUUCUGGAGUGAGAAAUAUGAUGACAAUCUGCAAAAAGUGUGGAAUAAGUUGCCCACCGUCGUGGGAAGCGUUGUGGCUUCUAUUGCAGUCUUUAUUUUUGGAAUUACUGCGAGAGGCGAAUGGAUGAUUUUUGCCGUGUAUCUCUACAAGUACAUCCAGACCUCAGGAAGUCCGACGUACAAGGAAGAGUCGGAACAAUUAUUCGAGUCCACGACCGACUGGCUUAAUGUGCGCUUCGAAGGAUACUGGACAACUUGGGUUUGGUCAACUUCAAUUUCAUAUCUUGUAUACUUUGGGCUGGGAGGAUUUUUACAUUGGUACUAUUACGUGAGACAAAGGGAUCGACCCGAAGAUUGGAAAUGUCAACCACAAAAAUGGUUGAGCCCCGAGUUGGAACGACACGAAAUUAUGAUUGGUUCGCUCAGUCUCGUUUUUGGAAGCGCAAUCUCUGCCGCAAUUUCGACAUACGUCGUAAACGGAGGGAAAGCCAUUUGGCUAUAUUUAAAUCCCAGUGAAUACGGUUACAUUUGGUUGGUCUUGCAAGUCCCGUUGGUGUUUAUUUAUCAGGACUACAUGACCUACUGGCAUCACAGAAUUUACCAUACGCCCUUCCUCUACAAAAACUUUCACAAGCUGCACCACACUUACAAACAACCCACUGCUUUCUCCGUGACGGCAAUCCACCCCGUAGAAUUUGUCCAUAUGCAAUGCGUCCUUCUCUCAGCGCUGUUUGUGGUACCGGUGUUUUGGUUGAAUUACGCCGUGAUGAUGGGUUAUGUCUAUUAUCAUGGAAUUAUUGACCAUUCCGGGAUCAACUUUAAGCGAAAGUGGUGGCAGCCUUGGCAGCCGGACUGCAUCUUUCACGACAAUCACCAUCAAUACUUUCACGUCAAUUUUGGCUUCAACAUCGAGUACUGGGACCAUUUGCAUGGCACCUACCGUAAAAAUGACCGCAUCUAUCGCGAAGAUAUCUACUACGGGCAGGGGAAAGCAAUGAGUGAAGCGUCAAUAGACGAGAUUAAGUCUGAAAUUGAAGAACGCAAGUCGGAGAAUCCGCUAGCUUAUCCGGAAAACAAAUAUGGAUACGAUUUAGACGUUAAAGUGGGUGGGACGACGGCGGGUGGUAAGAAACGUGGCAAGAAGUGAUAGAUACAUUUCACUUUAGUUAAUAGGUAUGUUUAGUGUUCAUCUAAUAUAGUAAUAUUACUGUGACAAAAUGUCAACACGCAUAAUUUGAAUAAACGUUUAAAAAAUAUUCAAUUCGUAUCAACAGUAAAUCU